CAUUACUUUCGUGCAUGUUGUGUCAUUUGAUAAUGUUAGGUAAUUAGACCGACAAAGGUGAGUUUGCAUAAGAAGCUCAGCCGCGUCGCCAAACUGCAGGCAGGAGCACAGCAGUCGGCGUGCCGUGCUUCCAAGGCCGCUCUCGGCGCGUGGGGGAAACAGCUCUCAUGACCUUCUUCGGCAACCAAACCCUUGAACGGGAAAAAAGAGGGGACGUGCUAACUAUGACGGCACUUAAUUUUUUUUUUUGCUCUUUUUUUUCUCUCUGUUAGAAAAAAAAAGUCUUCACGGGACUCUUCCCUUGUUAUAGAUAGUAUGGUUCCAUCUUUUGUAUGUCUUGCAAGUUGGUUUUAAACAGUUUCUUUCUUGCAACGCCUCUGCAAAUCCAUCUCAUGUUUUGCUGUACUUUCUUUUUCUCUUUAAAAACAAGACCAUAACCUUUGUCGUCGGAGUACAGGUUUACACAGGUGCCUGUCCAACACAGCCAGAUCUUGUAUCUUACUGGUGUCGUGGUAUUUACGAAAAGCUUCCCUGUCAUUCUUACCAAUUUUUCUUGUCUUUCUCAUGAUUCCCAAGACUCCGUUUUCCUAAAUCCGGAUCUUCCGCCAUUCCCCCAAGUCUUUUGAUACAGAAACAAAAGUCGUGCUACCAUAAGUUCAGCCUUACUGCUGGAUUACCACCGAGUGACAGGUUGAUCCCUAAAAGCACCUUUAUUACCCUGUUGUAUCACACCCUACCUAUCAGGUAUCCACCCCGACAUGUCCCUUCACAGGGUUGGCUCGAUUGAGUCUUUGUCGUUCGCGCCUACUGGUGAGAUAAGAUCGCGGCGCGGAUCCGACGCCUCGGUCAUAUCUGUGCGUCCAACCAAGCUCACCUUCAAUCCCAUACCGGAGCAGUGGGAUCCUCCAUCGGAGCGCCAUGGCAAUGUUCAAGCUGUCGGAGCGUUCGAGGUCCCGGAAUGGAAGAGGAUUUCACAAGUUGUUGCCGCUGUUUUUUAUUGUUUCCUAGCGGCGGGUGUCUGUUUCGGCUAUGCAGCAAUCAAGCCAGUACUGAAACAAGAGGGUGCAUACCACGAUGUCUGUAUCGUUGACGGCGCCGUUGAUGACACCUGUGUCGAAAUCCAUCUAAACCUCAUGUUCACAGUUGCUGCAGUUGGUACGAACGUGGCAGCUUUGCCGAUAGGGAUCGUACUUGACAAGACCGGUCCCAGAUUCUGUGGUCUACUUGGGAGUGCCUUUCUUGCUGCUGGUUCUCUUAUGUUGGCGUACUCCAAAGCCUUGCCAUUUGAUGGGUUACUCUGGGGUUACCUCCUCACUGCUCUCGGUGGCCCCUUCAUAUACAUUUCUUCUUUCCAACUCAGCAAUGCAUUCCCGAAGCACUCGGGCCUGAUUCUUGCCUUGUUGACGGGAGCCUUUGACGCAUCGAGUGCUCUCUACCUUGUUUAUAGACUCAUCUACCAGGCUACAAAUGGCGGAUUUGGCUUGAGGAGCUUCUUCCUAGUGUAUCUGACGGGACCGGCUCUCAUUGCCGUUCUCCAGCUGACGUUGCUUCCCAAGCAGUCUUACAAGACAGUCGGCGAGAUGAUCGAGGAUAUCGAGGAGCCCGGCCGACAUCAUGAGGCCGAUGAUCAAAUCGACGAGGAGACCGCCCUGCUCCGGGAAGAGGAGAGACACCAGAUUGAAGACCAGGUUGAGGAGCUCUUGGGCACACGCAAGGUCGACAAACAAGUUCAAAGAGAAAUCAAGAAGAACGAGAGGUCGGGUGUUUGGGGUGUGAUGCAUAUGGCUACCAUCAAGGAGCAGCUCAUGUCACCCUGGUUCACUCUGAUCAUGAUGUUUACAGUGGUUCAAAUGACGAGGAUAAACUUCUUUGUCGCUACAAUCUAUCAGCAGUACAGCUAUCUGUUCCACAGCCACCAACAGGCCCGCGAGAUCAAUAACUUUUUCGACCUGGCACUACCCAUCGGCGGCAUUCUGUCUAUCCCAUUCAUCGGCACCAUCCUCGACCGCACCACGACCGUCACCGUACUCAUAUGUCUGGUGUCUGUGGCUACCACUAUAGGCAUCUUGGGCAUCAUCCCACAAGCCUGGGCCGCCUACUCAAACGUGUGCCUCUUCGUCCUGUACAGGCCGUUCUACUACACGGCCGUUUCCGACUACAGCGCCAAGGUCUUUGGGUUCCGGACGUUCGGUACUGUCUAUGGUGCCGUGAUCUGCCUGUCUGGCCUGUUUAAUUUAUCACAGCCUGCACUCGACUACAUGUUCCACAUGACCUUUGCGGGCAACCCGAUCCCGGUCAAUGUGAUACUGAUGUCCGCAGGUCUGCUGGUGGGUUUGGCGCUGAUUAUUUUCGUCAGCGUAAAGGCUGGUCGCUUUGGUCAGACUCAACAGCGAGACUCGUCACCAUGCGUUGAACGACGAGCAUGAGCGGUAGCUUUCGUACGCCAUUUUUUUGGAAAAUAAAAAGGGGAGAGGAGGAAGGAUCGCAACUGCAAGGUUGUUAAAAGUCUGUUUGAGGACAUACAAGUGUCUGAGCGCAAUGAUGUGAACAUGGAAGCAAGGAUUGAUCUUCGGUACAUAUCUGUAGGUUCUACUUCGGGAGUUCUGCAGGGUUCACGCCCACACUACGCAACACUUGUACCAAGUAAAUAAAAUAGGUUUGAAUACAACAACUAACAAAAAGAAAGAAUUGUUGGGUCCCACUACUUCUGCCAACUCCAGAAAUCGUUGUUACAAGGUGCCAUGUUAGUAUAGACAGACAGACGAUGUACGUGACCUCCCACAAUAACCAUGUAUAUGCGAAUACAGUUCCAUUAUCUAAUA